AUGGAAAACAAAUGGAGUUCUGGUCUUUGCAGCUGCAUGGAAGACGGCGAAACUGCUUGCCUCACAUGUUUCUGCCCGUGCAUCACUUUCGGACGGAUCGCUGAUAUUCUCGACAAAGGAAGUACCGGUUGUGGGAAAUGUGGGAUGUUUUACGGACUGAUAUGUUGUGUCAUUGGCUUGCCAUGUUUGUUCUCAUACAUGUACCGGACCAAGAUGCGAGAAAUGUACGAGUUGCAGGAGUCUCCAGCUUCGGAUUGCAUCACUCACUGCUUUUGUGAAUGUUGUGCUCUUUGCCAAGAAUACCGUGAACUAAAAGCCCAUGAUAAUGUUGACCCUUCUCUUGGAUGGGAUGGCAAUGUGCAAAGGGCGCUGGCUCUUCCUCCGGAUCAACACAUGACUGGUUGA